AUGGUAUCAUCUUUCUUUCUCCUCACAGAGAGCAGUUAUUGGCAGUUCUGCCCGCCCUCCAAGCCUGGCCUGCAGGGUGUGCUGAGCUCCAGCUUCCCCCCUGGCCCUGUCCCUCUGGUUUCCCCCAAAACCCACCUCCCAGAGGGGGAAGCCCUGCCCCGGUCCCUGGUCCCAAGCACCUCAGUAACGGACCUGUCUUUUCCCGGUGCACCCCCUCCCCCCCCGCCACCCCCCAAACGCCACUGUCGCUCACUGUCCGUGCCAGAGGACCUUUCACGCUGCCGUUACACCUGGCGACCCAGCGCGUCGAGGGUCUGGACACCUGUGAAUCGCCAAUGCCACAGUGGAGGGGGAGCGGGGGGGCCUUGUCCGCUUCGUGCUCCUAGCUCAUCUCUAAACUCCUCUCUACACUCUUCUUCAAGCCCCACAUUCUUUAGCCUUGCUCUCUCCCCUGACUCCCCACUGCCCUGGAAUUUCCCAUGGGACCCAAGUGACACUGCUGGAGGAGGUGCCUGCUGCUGUUUCUUCCACUCCCCGUCGUCCUGCUCAUCCUCUCCCUCCCCGCUCCACCCGCCCCCUCCUCCGCAACGACGCUUCUCGCUGUCCCCUGUCCUAAUCAGAGAAGCUGCCGCCCAGUUCCUGCCCCCGCCUCCAGUUCCACCCCAGCGUGCAGCACCCCCUCCGGCUGUGCCUGCUUCGCCCUCCUCUGCCUGCAGCACCCCGUCCUCACUUCGCCGGGCCAUCCCCCCUCAGCUCCCGCGCUGCCACUCCCAGCCCUGCGACCUGCUCCUACUCAAACCGGGCCUGAAGCGACGCCGUGACCCAGACAGACCAUUUGCCCGGCCAGUACUGGAUUUCACCAAGAUGACUCAGGUAAACAGAAGAUAACUGCGGGUCAGGAAAUGAAUAGAAAUGGUUGCUGUAUGUAGAUUGGUGAAGGUGGAACAUGCUAUCUUCUAGCCAGAGGAAGUUUGGUUAUUUGAAGGUUAAGGAUUAAAAGGCAUCCUUAUUAAGCUUGUCAAACCACACAGUCUAACCGUACUGUAAGAAAGAAACAUUCCAAUUCAUCAGCGAGAUGGACCAUUUAUUUUUAUAACAUCAGUACAUGAGGCAAACCUGUCACCCAUACCUCCAUUCUUAGAAUACAGACCACACCUAAUAAUAAUAAUAAUAUGCCAUUUAGCAGACGCUUUUAUCCAAAGCGACUUACAGUCAUGCGUGCAUAAAUUUUUGUGUAUGGGUGGUCCCGGGGAUCGAACCCACUACCUUGGCGUUACAAGCGCCGUGCUCUACCAGCACCUGCCUAUAAUUGUUCUUGUUACCCAUUGUCCCAUGCCACAGUUGUCUCUUCUUUUACACCCAUGCUCUACGCUCAGCCCCUGAGUUUGGGUGAUUGGCAGGGUUUGAAUGGCUCUGACUGUAGGCAAUGCCAGCCCACUGUUGUACUGUACACCAAGACUCACUCUGGAAUUUAUUUGCAUAUACUUUGCAUGCAGCUGCUGAAUGUCUUGGAGAAAGUCUGGCUUCCCUUGUUAGUCCACCCAGUCACCCCCCCCCCACAUUAAUAUAAUGUGGUACACUACACUAAAAGGUUGUAGGUUAAUUUCCCCCUAAACAUUUACAUGUGGUAUAUGUAAAACAGUUGUGUUCUGGCUAAGUUUAGAAUAGUCUCUUUCAAAAGCCACGUUUAUGAGUCAGGUAUACAAGACUAGGCUUAGACCUCUACAGUAUUUGGCAGUUCAGCCCCCUAUAUUAAAGUUGGCGAUACUAUCCGAGUUCAUUUUCAGGGAGAUGUGGUAUCAUAUUACAUUUACAUUUACAUUUAAGUCAUUUAGCAGACGCUCUUAUCCAGAGCGACUUACAGUUAGUGAAUACAUUAUUAUUUUUAUUUUUUUACACUGGCCCCCCGUGGGAAUCGAACCCACAACCCUGGCGUUGCAAACGCCAUGCUCUAUCAACUGAGCUACAUCCCUGCCGGCCAUCCCCUCCCCUACCCUGGACGACGCUGGGCCAAUUGUGCGCCGCCCAUGAGUCUCCCACCCUUGUUUCUACUGUUUGUCACAUUUUAACUGAAAAACUUUAGCGCCCAUGUUAAAAGAAUCACAGAGAUGAUGUAUGAUGCUACAUUUUUCCACUUCCCCUAGCCAGUUAUAUCAACUUGGUUUCAUUUGAUUGACCUAUUUAUUUAUUGUAAAUAGAGAAGAUGUGUGGUUUGAAUGCAGUCCUGAAUGUAGACUGCUCUUGUUUUUCUAGAGAGGGAUGAUAAAAUGUGUGAACAAGGCCUUUUUCGCUCUCUCAAAUCUGUCUCCUAUUUGUGUCUUUCCAGACUCGCAGUACAGAACCCUUGAGUUGUAAGGAGCGUGGGAGGCUGGCUUCUGGAGGGGACGUUUGCAUGGGCCUUGAGCCUUUUUGGGGGGAUUUCAGAGGGUCAUGUUCACCAGCAGAGGGGCUGGGAAGGACGAGCAUUGGACCUCUAAGCGAGAGUGAUGAGGAGGGUGAAGAGGGGGAGGAAGAGGAGGACCCUGAUCGAGAAGAGUGUCAGCCGAGUGUCUUUGAGAGGGAUUGUACAGAACUAGAUUUGAGCCUAAUUGAAGAAAAUUAA